GAGCCCCGCGCCUUGGGCACCUGCCCGCUCUCGACGUCUGUCUCUCUUGUGUGUGCUGUUCUCGGGGCGCGACUUGCUGCUCCCACCCAUUUACUCUGCCCUCUGCGUACCUGCCCAAUACCCUUUGCACAGUCCCGCGAGCGAAAUCACCACAACCUCAGUCCACCGCCACCACCCCACCCCACCACGAGCGACACCAGGACUACCACUCCCACCGCUACCACUACCACCGCCGCCGCCGCCAAAAUGGCCGCCCCCGCUGUCGCCCCUGUCCUCUCGACCCCGGACACGCACAUCUUCGAGGACCCGACCGAGCCCGUCGCGCCCGCGCCCCGCGUGGCACCCGCACAGCUUGCCGAGACUUAUGAGAUUGAGCGCACGGUGCGUGAGAUCCGCGCUGGGCGCUGGCGUCGCGUUGCGCUGCAAUUUCCGGACCAUAUGCUAGUGGAUGCGCCGCGGGUGUACGAGGCGCUGAGGCGGGGACUGAGCGCGGCGAGGAGGGGAGGCGCCGACGGUGUGGAGCAUGUGGCGAGGGGGCUAGAAGAAGUGGGCUUGGAUGCUACAAAGGAGAAGGACGAGGAAGACGCGGAGCCGGAGGAGCAGCUGUAUAUCUUGGGCGAUACGUCGUACGGUGCGUGCUGCGUCGAUGAGAUCGCGGCGGAGCAUGUGGAUGCGGACGUGGUGGUGCAUUAUGGGCGGUCGUGUCUGUCGCCCACGGCAAGACUGCCCGUCAUUUACGUCUUCACGACGAGGCCGCUGGAGCUGGAGCCCGUGGUCGAGGUGUUCAAGCAGACGUAUCCGGACAAGGACCAGAAGAUCGUACUCAUGGCCGACAUACCGUACUCGGGUCACUUACCUGCGCUCCACGGCCGGCUACAACAGGAGCGGUAUACUGGUCUCUAUCUUACGUCCAUCCUGCACAACCCAUCUUCGCCGCUGCCGAACCGGACAGUACCAGACGAGGUCCAGGAAAACACGGCGGCGCUCCGUGACUAUGAACUCUUCCACGUCUCAGACCCACCCACCUCACUGCUCCUUACCCUCUCCUCCCGUGUUGGAAACAUCAACAUCUACCCCACGGAUACGGCAAAGCCGACGCAGACGCUGCUUGCCUCUUCCGCGCGGACGCUAAGCCGUCGCUAUGCCCUCCUCACGAGACUCACGACGGUUCCCGUCUUUGGUAUCCUGAUCAACACGCUCUCCGUUGCGAACUACAUGCACGUACUAUCACACGUCAAGGAGCAGAUCGAGGCCGCUGGCAAGAAGAGCUACACGUUUGUCGUGGGCAAGGUGAACGCGGCCAAGGUAGCCAACUUUUCAGAGGUGGAGGGAUGGGUGGUGAUCGGGUGCUGGGAGAGCAGUUUGAUCGAGAGCAAGGACUUUUGGAAGCCGAUUAUCACGCCGUUUGAGCUGUCGCUGGCGCUGAAGAGCGACGAGGAGCGGGUGUGGACCGGGGAGUGGACGGGAGACUUCGAGGCCGUGCUUAAGGAGAGGGUGCAAAAGCCGGCAGACGAGGGUGGAGUGGAGCAGCAGCAGCAGGGCGAGGAGGAGGCAAACGAGUCGGAAGAGGAGUCGGCACCGCCAGAAUUUGACCUCCGCACCGGGCGCUACGUCUCCCACGCGCGGCCCCUUCGGGCGGCUCCCAGGGCGGCGCAGGUGGAGGGUAGGGCAGCAGCCAAGUCGCUCGUCAAGCGGGCGAAUGGCGACAUAGCGCAGAUCGGCGGCGUGGUGUCGCCGGGGGCAGAGUUUCUGCGCAGCCAGCGGACGUGGCAGGGCCUCGGUAGCGACUUUGAUGAGGAGGGAGGCGAGGGGCGGGAAAGGGGUGCAGUGAUGGAGGAGGGCAGGAGCGGGAUGGCGAAGGGGUAUGUAGUCGGAGCGGGUGGGGCGGAGGGUCGGUGAGAAUGAGAAUAAAAAAUAGAUAGGGAUGGUAAGGUAGAAUAGAUGAAGCGGCAGAAAACGCGUGAUUAACCAUGAGUUGUGUGAAGCGGCGAGCGGGAGAG